AUGACAACUUCUAAGCCCAAGAUUCUUGUAGUCCUCACCUCGGCCGACAAGGUCCCCAAGACCGGGAAGCAGAUCGGAUGGUAUCUGCCCGAGCUUGCUCACCCCUUUCACGUCCUCAACCCUCGUGCCGAACUAGUUUACGCGACUCCAAAAGGCGGCGAGUCUCCACUUGAUCCUGUGUCGGUGGAGCUCUUCAAAGAUGAUCCUAUUUGCAAGGACUUCCUCGAGAACCAAGAGUCAGUUUGGAAGAACACUCUCAAACUCAGCGACGUUGCCGGUCGAGCCUCGGAGUUCGACGCAAUUUUCUACCCCGGUGGCCAUGGUCCGAUGGUAGACCUCGUCCACGAUGAGCACUCGAAGAACCUGCUCCGCGACUUUCACUCCCAGGACAAGGUCAUCUCAGCUGUAUGUCAUGGACCAGCUGCGUUCGUCAAUGCGACGACCGCAUCGGGGGACCUGAUCUUGAAGGGCAAGCAAGUCACUGGCUUUGAUGACGUGGGCGAAGAAAUGUUCAAAUUUACAGAUGAUAUGGACUUUAGUCUCGAGAAGAGAUUGGGCGAAGUCAGUGGUGGGAAGUACGUCAAGGCUGAUGAGGGUCCCCUUGCGGAGAAGGUUGUUGUUGAUGGGAAGAUAAUUACGGGCCAAAAUCCAGCGUCAUCCAGGGGCGUGGCUGAGGAGAUCGCCAAGGCGCUUGGAGUGUAUUGA